AUGGUCGCGGACAACGUGCCCGAGGCACAUUCCAACGACUCGUGUUUUGGAUGGUUCACGCCACGGAUACUUAAAAAACAGGUGAAGUUCUGUGUGGAACUGGUGGGAAUGUUGAAAGACUUUUUGAACAAUCCGCCAGCACCGGUUUCUGUAUUCGAAUGCAUGAACGCUACAGUCUCCGAAGAUGAAGUUCGCUUUGCCUUCUUUGAGGCAUCCAACAUGCAGGCCGCCGCGGAGUACAUGGCAGGAAGUGAGAGAAUUAUUUUGUUUACCGACUGCACCUACCAGACAAACCAUCAAAGAUUGGUUCUUGGAAGUUUGGGACUUGCAGUACUUCACAAAGAUGUGAGCAACAUCUUUCUCGACGGCCAUGCGGGUGCGCUUGCAGCUAUGCAGCGCUGCUUCCCAGGUGCAUGCAUCCAUCGGGAUCUGCAACACGUGAAGAAGAACAUCAAGGACAAUGCCUGCAAACUGCAAGACCGCAACUUGAAAACUUACAUCACUGUGGUCGAGUUUUCAGCGAAGCUUUCGCAACCCAGUGAAUUUCAUACCGUCUGGAAAGACACCCUGGGUCGGCUUCCGCAACGAGUGGGGCGAGGAGUGAGUCCAUGGCCGCUAUACUUGGAGGAGAACAUCCUAGACAAGUCUUCCAGACGAUGGUACGGAGCACGGUGGCAGUCAGGCUUGGGUUCCAUCUGCAUUGGUUAUACCACAUACACCUCCAACAGUCAAGAGAAGAUGUGGCGGACAUUGAAGGGAAUUUUGCCCAAAGAUGGAUCGAACUUGGAUUUGGGCGAUCUAGUUCAUAACGCAGCCCAACUUCUUCUGACUUGGACGAGGGCCGGUCAAUUCGCGAAUGUGUUCUUCCGACUUGAGAUGCCUCUACCUGUUCACUUGCACAACAAGGGCUCGCAGCUUAUGUCAGAGCCAGACGUAGACCCGUCCGGCAUCCAGCACAGACGGCUGAGUGCCACCCAGAUGCGAGACUGGUUGGAAGAGCGUGGUGCACAGCACACAUACUUGAAGGAGGACCUGGACGGUGCCCGUGUGCUAAUUGAUGGGCGCACCAAAGCUGUAGAAGCAGUGUAUGUGCUUCCCAAAUACUAG